AUGGAGUCUCUCCUGCUGCCGGUGCUGCUGCUGUUGGCAGUACUGUGGACACAGGCAGCCGCCCUCAUUAACCUCAAGUACUCGGUAGAAGAGGAGCAGCGCGCCGGGACGGUGAUCGCCAACGUGGCCAAGGACGCGCGUGAGGCGGGCUUCGCUCUGGAUCCACGGCAGGCCUCUGCCUUUCGUGUGGUGUCUAACUCAGCUCCGCACCUGGUGGACAUUAACCCCAGUUCGGGCCUGCUUGUCACCAAGCAGAAGAUCGACCGAGAUCUGCUGUGCCGCCAGAGCCCCAAGUGCAUCAUUUCGCUUGAGGUUAUGUCCAGCUCAAUGGAGAUAUGUGUGAUUAAGGUGGAGAUCAAGGACUUGAACGACAAUGCGCCCAGCUUCCCAGCGGCACAAAUCGAGCUGGAGAUCUCAGAGGCUGCUAGUCCUGGCACACGCAUCCCGCUGGACAGCGCCUAUGACCCGGACUCCGGCAGCUUCGGUGUGCAGACAUAUGAGCUCACGCCUAAUGAGCUGUUUGGCCUGGAGAUCAAGACGCGCGGCGACGGCUCACGAUUUGCGGAACUUGUGGUGGAGAAGAGUCUGGAUCGCGAGACACAGUCGCACUACAGCUUUCGCAUCACUGCGCUCGAUGGUGGCGACCCACCACACCUGGGCACUGUUGGCCUCAGCAUCAAGGUGACAGAUUCCAAUGACAACAACCCAGUGUUUGGCGAGUCCACCUAUGCAGUGAGCGUCCCAGAGAACUCACCUCCCAAUGCACCGGUCAUCCGCCUCAAUGCCAGCGACCCAGAUGAAGGCACCAAUGGCCAGGUGGUUUACUCCUUCUAUGGCUAUGUCAACGACCGCACGCGAGAACUUUUCCAGAUCGACCCGCACAGUGGCCUGGUCACAGUCACCGGUGCCCUAGACUAUGAAGAGGGCCACGUGUACGAACUGGACGUGCAGGCCAAGGACUUGGGGCCCAACUCCAUCCCGGCACACUGCAAGGUGACCGUCAGCGUUCUGGAUACCAAUGACAACCCGCCAGUCAUCAACCUGCUGUCAGUUAACAGCGAGCUGGUGGAGGUAAGCGAGAGCGCCCCCCCGGGCUAUGUGAUUGCGCUGGUGCGGGUGUCAGAUAGGGACUCUGGCCUCAAUGGGCGCGUGCAGUGCCGUUUGCUGGGCAACGUGCCCUUUCGACUGCAGGAGUAUGAGAGCUUCUCUACUAUCCUGGUGGAUGGACGGCUGGACCGUGAGCAGCAUGAUCAGUACAACCUCACGAUCCAGGCGCGUGAUGGCGGUAUGCCCAUCCUACAGAGUGCUAAGUCUUUUACCGUUAGAAUAACCGACGAAAACGACAACCACCCGCACUUCUCCAAGCCCUACUACCAGGUCAUUGUUCAGGAGAACAACACGCCAGGAGCCUACUUGCUUUCCGUGUCAGCCCGAGACCCCGACCUGGGUCUCAAUGGCAGUGUCUCCUACCAGAUCGUGCCGUCACAGGUCCGGGACAUGCCUGUCUUCACCUAUGUCUCUAUCAACCCCAACUCGGGCGACAUCUAUGCUCUUCGAUCCUUCAACCACGAGCAGACCAAGGCAUUUGAAUUCAAGGUGCUGGCCAAGGAUGGUGGCCUGCCCUCGCUGCAGAGCAAUGCCACGGUUCGGGUCAUCAUCCUCGACGUCAAUGAUAAUACACCAGUCAUCACGGCCCCACCCCUAAUCAAUGGCACUGCUGAGGUCUACAUCCCCCGCAACUCUGGCAUUGGUUACCUGGUGACUGUCGUCAAAGCAGACGACUACGACGAGGGCGAGAAUGGCCGGGUCACCUAUGACAUGACUGAGGGUGACCGUGGCUUUUUUGAAAUAGAUCAGGUCAAUGGUGAAGUCAGAACCACUCGCACCUUUAGUGAGAGCUCAAAGGCUUCUUAUGAGCUUAUUGUGGUGGCCCACGACCAUGGUAAGACAUCUCUCUCUGCCUCUGCACUCGUCCUAAUUUACCUGUCCCCUGCUCUCGACGCCCAAGAGUCAAUGGGCUCUGUGAACUUGUCCCUGAUUUUCAUUAUCGCCCUGGGCUCCAUUGCGGGCAUCCUCUUUGUCACUAUGAUCUUUGUGGCGAUCAAGUGCAAGCGAGACAACAAAGAGAUCCGGACCUACAACUGCAGUAAUUGUUUAACCAUUACUUGUCUCCUCUGCUGUUUUAUAAAAGGACAAAACAACAAGGGUCUGCAUUGCAUCUCGGUUUCUGUCAUUAGCAAAGAGCAAGACAAAAAGGCAGAGGAGAAAGUGAGCCAGAGGGGAGAGCAAUAUAUGUUGCCUUUUUUGUCAUAUAGAAUCGCUGAGUACUCCUAUGGGCAUCAAAAGAAAUCAAGCAAGAAGAAAAAAAUCAGUAAGAAUGACAUUCGUCUGGUACCCCGGGAUGUGGAGGAGACAGACAAAAUGAAUGUUGUCAGUUGCUCCUCCCUGACCUCCUCCCUCAAUUAUUUCGACUACCACCAUCAGACACUGCCCCUGGGCUGUCGCCGCUCUGAGAGUAGUUUCCUGAAUGUGGAGAACCAGAAUACCCGCAAUACCAGUGCCAACCACAUGUAUCAUCACUCUUUCAACAGCCAAGGCCCCCAGCAGCCAGACUUGAUCAUCAAUGGUGUGCCUUUGCCUGAGACUGAAAACUAUUCCUUUGAUUCCAACUAUGUGAACAGCCGAGCCCAUUUAAUCAAAAGCAACUCCACCUUCAAGGACUUAGAAGGCAACAGCCUGAAGGACAGUGGUCAUGAAGAGAGCGACCAGACUGACAGUGAGCAUGAUGUCCAGCGAAGCCUGUACUGUGAUACUGCUGUCAAUGAUGUGCUGAACACCAGUGUGGCCUCCAUGGGAUCUCAGAUGCCUGACCAUGAUCAGAAUGAAGGAUUUCAUUGCAGGGAAGAAUGCAGGAUUCUUGGCCACUCCGACAGGUGCUGGAUGCCCCGGAACCCCAUGCCCACCCACUCCAAGUCCCCUGACCAUGUGAGGAAUGUCAUCGCUCUGUCCAUUGAAGCUACUGCUGCUGAUGUCGAGGCUUAUGACGACUGUGGCCCCACCAAGCGGACUUUUGCAACCUUUGGAAAAGAUGUCAGUAACCACCCGGUUGAGGAGAGGCCCACCCUGAAAGGUAGGAGAACUGUUGAUGUGACCAUCUGCAGCCCCAAGGUCAACGGUGCUAUUCGGGAGGCGGGCAAUGGCUGUGAGGCUAUUAGCCCUGUCACCUCCCCCCUGCACCUCAAGAGCCCUCUGCCCACCAAGCCCUCCAUGUCUUACACUGUUGCCCUGGCUUCCCCCACCCGUGAUCUGGAGCAGUAUGUCAACAAUGGUCCUUCUCGUCCCUCUGAAGCUGAACCCCGUGGAGCCAACGAUGAGAAAGUCAUGCAUGAGGUCAACCCCACUCUGAAGGAGGGUCGCGACAAAGAAUCUCCUGGUAUGAAGCGUCAGAAGGAUAUUGUUCUCUAA